AGUAAUCAAUCAUAACAAAGUUUCAUUUUUGUCUGACCAAACUUAAAAGUUAAGAAAAUUUCUUUUUUUUUCAAAUUAUAUUUUAACCUAUAUUUUUUUGAAAAGAACAAUUUUUUUGAUACAUUUACGGUAUAUAAUGGUGGAAAGGAUUGAAGACUUAAAUCUUCCUACAGCUGUGGUUACUAGACUAAUUAAGGAUGCAUUACCACCGAAUUCAUUUGUUAGCAAAGAAGCGAGAGCAGCGAUAGCAAGAGCUGCAUCUGUAUUUGUAAUUUAUUUAACAGCUUCAUCCACAACAUUGGCGCGCAAAGCUAAAUUAAAAACUAUCACAGCAAAAAAUAUUUUAGAUGCUUUAGAUCAACUAGAAUUCGAAAGUUUUGUUGGACCUUUAAAUGAAGAGCUCGAGAGUUACAGAAAAAAUAUGAAAGACAAAAAAGAUAGUAAAGCUUCAGCAGCUGCAGCUAAAAAGGAAGACAUUACUGAAGCGGCAGAAAAGCGCGACAAUGAACAAGAGCCUGAUACAGUUAUUAUACCAGAUGAUGAUUAAAUGUUAAUUUUUGGUUCACUAAAGAAAAUAUACAAAUUUG